ACGUUAUCCAAAUGCGACAGUCCCGGCAGUGAGUCAGGUAGGUUAGCCAGCAUUGUUAGACAACAACAUAGUUAGCUAGCUAUCUUGCUAGCUCGGUAAAUAGCAGCAACAACAUGCCGGGGAAAAAAUCGGCAAAGGAGAAGAAAAGGAAACAUUCGGACGGAAGUCAUGUGGAAAGAAAACGGAGAAGCACAGAGUCCAGCGUGGAGCAGGAUUCAAAGGAAAACGUUGACCAUCAGGGUCUCGAUGAACCAAGUGACAUUGAGGAGGGGGGUUUAGACCUAACUGUGCAGUUCAAGCCCAUCAGUGCUUAUGUCACAGAUAGGCGUGAGAUGCUGGAGCAAUGCUUCCGGGUGCUGGGAGAGAACAAACUAAAAAAAAUGCUGCCCGAUGAGCUGAAGAAUUGUACCUUCGAUGAAAUCAAGAGUCUGUGCUGGGAGCAACUGGAGCAGCUCUCUCAAAGUAACCUCAUUCAGAUUCUGGAAGGGGAGGAGGUGACAGCGCUCUCAGAUGCUGAAGAGGAGGAGAGCAGAAAGAAACUGAAGACAGAUAGCCAGCAGGACAACAAUGUUGAUUCCACUUCAUCACUCAAAGAGAAUGUUGAAGUGGAGGAUCUCAAGCAAGGUGGAGCCUCGGGGGAAGAAAGCGACGUGCUGAGCAUCAACGCCGACACAUAUGACAGUGACAUCGAGGGGCCUAAAGAGGAGGUGACUGAGAAGGGGGAGGCGGCCGCCGGCAGGGCGGAGUCGGCGCCCGUGGCGGUGUCGGCCUCGGCUGUGCCCGAGCGUGAAGCGGAACGACCCCCGGACCCCAAACGAGAGCUGCAAAUGGACAUAGAGCAGAGUGUCUGUGAGAUCCUGGCCCUAGUGCCGUCUCCCUGCUCAGAGGAACCCAAAGAACUGCCGGUGCCUCAGGUGCUGGCAGCCCCAGACCCCCCAGCACUCGCGGUGGGGAUGGCCACAGCCGCAGCACCUCUGCCAGUCCCAGCACCUGUGGUGGCCCAGCCUUCUGCCCAGCAGCUGGAGCUUCUGGAGCUGGAGAUGAGGGCCAGAGCCAUUAAAGCCUUGAUGAAGGCCAAUGAGGUAAAGAAGCAAACCUAUAGGUAACACCAUCAUCGUCACCUGUGGAACUGCAUUCAGACUGAAUGCGCAUUGAUCCUUGGAUUUUCAUAGAGUUGUUUUCAGUGAAAUUGAAUUGACAUUUGUGUGCAUUACUCAGGAAGGGCAGUAAAAGUUUUUGAAAAUGUGAGGAGUGUGUUCUAUCUUGUAAAUGCAAUUUGUAUAUUCUUUAAUUUAUCUUGGCAUUGGAAAUGACUGCUUACGUUUAAAUGAACACAGCCUUCAGUUCAUCCUUUUGAGUGGGUAUGAAUUUGUAGUCCUCUUUUUAAGAGUGCUUGAACUGACAGGAUGAAAAAGAGGCAUUGCAGGU